GAGACGGGUGUGGUACGGAUGCUUCUGUGCAGAACUGGGAAACGAGGCAUAAAUUCUAAUAUCCCAUUCUUUCCCCUGAACACAGCUGAAGCAGCAAACCUCCCUCCCUUGACAGAGGCCCAGAAGAACAAACUGAGGCACCUGUCAGUCGUCACUCUGGCCGCCAAGAUCAAGUGCAUCCCCUACUCGGUGCUGCUGGAGCAGUUACAGCUGAAGAAUGUCCGGCAGCUGGAAGACCUGGUGAUUGAGGCUGUGUAUGCAGAUGUGCUGCGAGGGAGCUUGGAUCAACGGAACCAGCGCCUGGAGGUGGAUUACAGCAUUGGGAGGGACAUCCGGAGGGAGGAGCUUAGCACCAUCACCCGCACAUUGCAGGAGUGGUGCCAGGGCUGCGAGGUUGUCCUGUCGGGCAUCGAGGAGCAGGUGAGCCGGGCCAACCAGCACAAAGAGCAACAGCUGGCCCUGAAGCAGCAGAUUGAGAGCGAGGUGGCAAACCUGAAGAAGACCAUUAAAGUGACAACAGCAGCUGCUGCAGCAGCCACGUCCCAAGACCCAGAGCAGCACCUCACGGAGCUCAGGGAGCCGGCCCCUGGCACCAACCAGCGCCAGGCGAGCAAGAAGACCUCCAAAGCCAAAGGGCUCCGGAGCAGCGCGAAGAUUUGGUCUAAAUCAAACUAGUUGGAUUUCCCUUCUCAACUGGGAGGGUGAGAGGAAGAGGUUUGGGGGAUGGAGGGGUAGCAGGGGUCCCAAGUGUGAUGCUUCUGAGCUCUUCUCUGAGAUACAUCUUGCCAGCUAACUCUCCUGCAUGUUUGUUCUCUUUCCUGUCUUCCUUACCGACGUUCCAGGCAGUGUCUCCCUGCUUUUCAUCGCAGCAUUUCACACGCUGAGCUUCAGGUUGUAGGCAUUGCUGUUUCCCCAGCCACUCAAGCCCCCAUCACCACGGCCACGUGUUUCUCUCUUUCUUUCUCCCUGUCUUUUGACAGGUCAAUUUCAGGAGCCAUAAGGGUAUGACAGUCACCUUGGCACCCCCAGGGCAUCACAAAAGCUUGGAAAGAGGGUGCUGGUGCUCAGCAGUCGUUUUGGCUCUAUGAGACCCCUGGGAUACUUUGCUCCAGGACACCGUCUUUGAUUGUUUAAUCUUUGUUUUGCUAGGUGGGAGGGUAGUUUUUGAAGGGAUUCUUUUAAAAAAUAUAUAAAUAUAUUAUA